AAGAUACUUAGAGGAUCUUGACUCUCCUCUUAGUGUGCUCUGUCUCUGUCUCUGCUCCCCCUUUUCUCUGUGAAUCCUUACCUUUCAGCAGAAACAAAACCAGCCAUGCAGACCAGAUCUGUGUCCGUCAAAACCGUCAGGUCCAGCGGUGGAGGCAGUGGUGGCGGUUUCAGCAAUAGCAGCGGUUUCAGCAGCAGUGGUGGUUUCAGAAGUGUUGGAGGCGGAGGAGGAGGAAUGAGAUCAUUUUCCUCAAGAUCUGCCGUGCCGCUUUCAAGGCACUCAAUUGCAACAUCCAGCACUGGAAUGUUUAAGUCUGGUGGUGGCUAUGGUUAUGGUUCUGGCGUUGGUUUUGGUGGCGGAGGUGGUUUUGGUGCCGGAGGUGGUUUUGGUGGCGGUGUUGGUUCUGCCAGUUUUAUGUCUGUGGGUGGUGGAGCUUACGGUGCUGGUGGUGGUGGCGGAAUGUUCGUGCCUCCGAUCACAAACGUCCAAGUCAACCAGAACCUGCUGGCCCCCCUGAACCUUGAAAUUGACCCCAACAUCCAGCAUGUCCGUACCCAAGAGAAAGAGCAGAUCAAGACUCUCAACAACCGCUUCGCCAGCUUCAUCGACAAGGUUCGCUUCCUGGAGCAGCAGAACAAAAUGCUGGAGACCAAAUGGAGUCUGCUGCAGGACCAGACCACCACCCGCUCCAACAUCGACGCCAUGUUCGAGGCCUACAUCGCCAACCUGCGCAGACAGCUGGACGGUCUUGGCAAUGAGAAGGUCAAGCUGGAGGGAGAGCUGAGGAACAUGCAGACGCUGGUUGAAGACUUCAAGAACAAAUAUGAAGAUGAAAUCAACAAGCGCGCCAGUGUGGAGAAUGAGUUUGUGCUCCUCAAGAAGGAUGUAGAUGCCGCCUACAUGAACAAGGUCGAGCUGGAGGCCAGGGUUGAUGCCCUUCAGGAUGAGAUCAACUUCCUCAGAGCUGUCUAUGAAGCGGAACUGCGUGAGCUCCAGGGACAGAUCAAGGACACCUCAGUCAUUGUGGAGAUGGACAACAGCCGCAAUCUGGACAUGGACGCCAUUGUGGCUGAAGUCAGGGCUCAGUAUGAGGACAUCGCCAACCGCAGCCGUGCCGAGGCAGAGACAUGGUAUCAGCAGAAGUACCAGGAGAUGCAGACCAGUGCAGGCCAGGCCGGAGAAGACCUUCGCAACACCAAGAGCGAGAUUGCUGAGCUCAACCGCAUGAUUAGCCGCCUCCAGAAUGAAAUUGAGGCAGUUAAGGGACAGCGUGCCAACCUGGAGGCCCAGAUCGCUGAGGCUGAGGAGCGCGGCGAGCUGGCUGUGAAGGACGCCAAGGCCCGCAUUAGGGAUCUGGAAGAGGCCCUGCAGAGAGCCAAACAGGACAUGGCCCGCCAGGUCCGCGAGUACCAGGAGCUCAUGAACGUCAAACUGGCUCUGGAUAUUGAGAUCGCCACCUACAAGAAGCUUCUGGAAGGAGAGGAGUCCAGAAUUGCCAGCGGUGGUGCAGCUGCAACUGUUCACAUACAAACCAGCUCCGCUGGCGUUGGAGGCGGCAUUGGAGGCGGCAUUGGACUCGGCAUUGGAGGUGGCAUUGGAGGCGGCGGCGGUGGUGUAGGUCUCGGCAGCUAUGGCGGCAGCUAUGGCGGCAGCUAUGGCAGCAGCUAUGGCGGUGGCGUGAGCAGCGGCGGCCUCAAAAGCAGCAGUGGCAGCAUUCAAAUGAGCAGCAGCAGCAGCAUCAGGCGUUACUAAAAACAGCAGUUGUCUUUCUCUCCACUCUCCUUCUCCCUUCAUUAUCUCCUCCUCCUCUUGCCCCUCCCCUCUCCCAACAACCACUCAUAAUUGCUUGAAUAAACCCCAACUCUCUCCCUGCAAACCCAGCACAUUUCAUCAUUCACAGCUGGCAGAUCCAUGCAAUGGUUCAGCCUUCUUUGGCAUGUAGUUUGUGUGUUGGUGCUCCCUCUUUGGCACCACAUACUUACAGAGAGUCACAGAUUACAUCAUGAUAGAAGUAGAGGCAGAGAGAUUAUAACAGAAAUAAAACAAAGAGCAGCAGAGAUGUGCAGAGUCAGUCCUCUCUUCCUUUGAUCAGUCAGCCUGGCUGUCUUUCAGUUGCUGGAUGUGCUGUCGUGCAGACAAGAGGAUACUUGUAGUGUCAUGACAGAGAGUCCUUACAAGGCAGCAAUCUUUAGCACACAGGAUGACAACAGCAGUUCUUAGAAUUGCGCAGAAGGAGGUCUGGAUGUUGUGGACGGUCUUGAAUUUUUCUAAAGCAUACAUGGCCGACCCCCAUAAAGUAUCAGGUCCUCUUUUCUCGUCUGUUGUCUCACAUCUGUCAUCUCGUCGUGCAUUUUGACAUCAGCAAAAGCAGCCAUGUGUAACACUUUCCAAUUUCAUUGUUGGGAUCCUCUUUUUCUUCUCCUGUUCUGGGAGAAAAUGAGCUCUCCAGUAUAUAAAUGGUGUUUUCAUCUUGAUGUACACUUUACAUUGAACGAAAAAGAAACAUGGAUAAGGCUGACUGGGACAACCAGAUAUGUGAUGAAUUUGUACCACCUACAAUGUCUGGAAUAAAUCUGAUUUCAUAUUCA